CUCACUUUCAAAGAUGUUUGGGAAGAUUUCGUUGGUAUGCAUUUUAGUAUUUUUACAGAGAGCAUUUUCAGAAGAAGACAGCAAGUUAUUACUCGUCCAAACCCUUUUCCGCCAUGGAGAUCGUGCGCCUGCGUUUUCAUACCCGACAGAUCCCAAUAAAGCAGACUGCUGGCCAGAAGGUUUAGGAAAGCUUACUUUGAUUGGAAAAAGGCAACAGUAUGCACUUGGGAAAUUUCUCCGUUCCAUGUAUGAAGACUUUAUAACGACAAAUCCAAAUGAGGUGUUGGUAAACAGUUCAGCGGCGCACCGGUGCUUAACCAGCGCUGAAGCUACUGUAGCCUCCUUUUACGCCCCCAAAGGAGAAUGGAAAAUCGAGGAGGGUCUCAACUGGCAACCAAUUCCUGUUCACUAUUUUCCUACAUAUCAAGAUAAAUUCCUGAGCUACAAGGGCACCUGCCCUCGAGUUGCAGUCGAAGUGGAAAGACAGCUAAAUACAGGAAAAGUGCAAGAACUUUUUCAAAAGUAUCAGGCCAAAUUUGAAGCCAUAUCAAAUUAUACGGAAGUAAAUGUUUUUUACGGAAUCAAUGCUUUGCUUCUUCACGAUACGAUACUCGUUGAAAAAAAAAAGAAUCUUACCAUUCCAGAAUGGGCAGAUCUCUAUUGGGAUGAGCUCGAAGAAACAUCAUAUGCUAUUUUUCAUAGUGUCACGAGUUCACCCCUUACACUCAGACUAAAAGUAGGUCCUUUAUUAGAAGACAUAAGUCUAAACAUGAAAAAGAAAAUAAGUGGCCAAUUGCCACACCUGAAAGUUCAAAUGUAUUCUACACACGAUGUAAAUAUCGCCGCAGUUUUACAGGCUUUGAAUUUUACGAAUAUGCCAAGGCCUCCCUAUUGCGCCACGUUGUUGUUCGAGCUGCACGAGAUGCCCGAUGCUUUGAUGGCUGUACGGCUGCUCUACUUAAACUCCACCGAUCCUCUUUCUGAUAUGGAGGAGCCCCAUAUUUUAGUACUGGAUGACUGCUCUGAAUUUUGUCCAGUAGAAAAUUUCACAAAAAGGCUUGAACACUUGAUACCGGACAACUGGGAACAAGAGUGUCGAAUGAUAGAUUAGAUACUGGUGAAAACCUGUAUGAAGGAGAUCUUUUGUAUUGUUGAAAAUGGUAAAUGAGAUGACACUCUGGAAUCUCACUUUUUGUACACAUGACCAAUAUAUCCAAGCCAUUCAGUUUACAAAAAUGUGUUUCAUUCUUUGUUUAUACAAUAAUUUUAAUUUAUGAAAUUUAGUAAAAUACACUUUGAGAACAUUAUGAAAGAAGAGGCUUCAUUUCGAAAUUUGUUUACUUUAAAUUUUAUGACUUAAAACUAUUCCCACACUGAAAACAGAUUUUAUUUUCUUCAAAGAAAUAAAGAAAAAAAAUUAUUUCUCUUAUAUAGGUAUUCACUUCAAUUAAAAAUAUUAUUAUGCCUAUUUUUGUUAUGUUAUUUCUCAAUAAAUGUUUUGGCGACCAACUGGCUCACCGAAAAUGUUGAUUAUCUAUACUUAUAAUAAAGCUCAAUGUGUGUGUGUGUGUGUGUGUGUGUUGGCGCUCUACAGGUCAGGUCAUUUGACAUACAGCUAUCAAAUUUGGUACAUGUAUACCUUAGAGGUCUGGAAUGUGCACCUGGGGUCCCUUUUUUUGAAAUUUUAAUUAGAAUUUUAAUUAUUAGUUAAAAACUAACUUUCCCGCCAAAAAAAACUUCCAUUUUCCCCAAUGCCAACUUUUCCGCCAAAAAAAUCUUCCAUUUUCCCCAUCGCAGACUUUCGGUUAUUUUUUUCUCCCAACAGAAUUGAGGCUAGGGUUAACAUUUUUCGGCGGAUUAUUUCAAACGAUUCUGUUUAUUUUCUUAAUGUUUUAUGCAUUUAAAAUUAAACAUUGUUAAUUAAUCCAUGUUUCACAUUCAUUCUGAAGUACUUUUGAAUUAAAAUAACACAGAAUAAAGGAAAUUAAAAAUGUAUAAUCUGCAUAGCGUUACCCCAACUGCCGUAGAAAAAUUCACGCACUUGCGUUAACGUAACUGGCGAAGAAAAUUCACGCAUGCGCAUUGUUUUCUGACUGUUGACAUGGCAACCAACGGAUGAUUUAAAUUAUUUUUAGAUUAGUUGCAUGCUUUUUUAAGUAAAUUGUAUUUAUGUUAGUUAUAUAUUUUUUGUAUAUGCUUAUAGUUUUAAGUACAUCGUUUUUUAAGUAGUUUUUUUUAACCUAUUUUCAAUGAUUUAAAUUAUUUUUAGGUUAAUU